AUAUUGUAGGAUUACUUUUGGUUUAUUUAGCGUGUUCCAGCAACACGAUGCUGCAGAGGCCGAACUCGCUAAGUAAAUCAAAACAAUGGUCCAGAACACAUUGACAAUGAAUAUUGUAUGUGUAUGUAGUCCGCUGGCGGAGCCACUGAGUGUAGAAUAUUUGGCAUAGCUGGCUCGCUCUUCACCAUUCAAACCCGCCAGUCAACAUCGAGCACGCGCGUUGUGAUCAGUUGUGGCCUGUGACCCUGAAAGUGCAGCUCCGGGAGUGGCCGAUAGGGUCUAUCGCAAGAAGGAAGGAAAGACAUAGUUGCAGCAAUUUUCUCAUCUCUAUUUGUUUUCUCUCUCCCUUUCCAGUUAAGCCAACGGGCCAACACCGGCACCGGCACCUAUGUUGGCUACUAAUGCACUAGUAACCCCUUUUUUGUGUAUGUUCGUAUGUUUGUGUGAAUGGGUCGGAAUGAUGUGUGUGCGAUACCGAAUCCCGGUUUUUUAGCAUUCUAAUCCGGUUCCGGUCCCCAGGGACCGCUCGCCAGGCAGACAUUGGUUAGUGUUUAGUUGACUCAUGCUACUCCUUUCCACUCCACAGGGCGUAUUCUUCUUUAACAUCGUGCAAUGGACUCCGAUCAAGUACUUGGGCUACUCGUAUCCGUUCUGGGCCCACGCGUUCGGCUGGUUCACGGCGCUCUCGUCGAUGCUGUGCAUCCCUGGCUACAUGAUUUGGCUUUGGAGAAACACUCCCGGUGAUCGCGCGAACAAAAUCCGUCUGAUCGUCCGGAUCGAGGACACCGUGAGCCAGCUGCGGGAGAGAAUGCGGGCCGACGCCGAGAAGGGCAUGGAGCUAUAAGGCUUCUCGAAAAAAAAAAAACCAAAUUAAAAGAAAAAACCGGAACGCCCUCACCCACGUCAGUCUGUCUCGGUGUCGCCCGGCAGCGUCGUCACCACCUCCUUCAGCUCCGCAAAAAAAAAAAACACAACAUCAAAACUCCAAAAAUUAACCCCUCCGCCAUC